AUGUGCAACCAGAGACGCAACUGUUUGCUACGUGCGCAGAGGUCAGAGGUUGUCCAUUUGCCAAUUGGAGAAGUUCGGCGUGUGAGUGAAUUGAAGCUCCCGGCGGCAGCAGCGACUGGUUGUUGGUGGGGCUGUCAGUCCUCACUAUGUGACGGCAAAUGUACUAGAUGUGGUGGAUCACAUUCUAGUAAGGAAGAGUGUCCAGUUAAAAAUUUGAAGUGCAGAAAUUGUGACAAAGUAGGACAUAUUGCAAAGUAUUGUUUCUACAGUAAAAUUAAUCAGAGCAAGUCCAGAGCCAGGAGUUCAAGUAGAAGCAAAUUUAGUAAACAGAAGUAUCGAAGUAGUGAUUCUGUAUCAUCAGAAAAAAACAGUGUACAUGAGUUAUCAGAAGAAUUGGAGCAGAUGCAGUGUUAUGUGGAAUCAAAAAUGGAAGACAGAAUAAAUUCAGUGCAGAAGUCAGGCAGUCCAUUGCUAGUCACGGUGAUAGUCCAGGAUAAUGAAGUAGAAAUGGAAGUAGACUCAGGCGCAUGUGCAUCAUUAACAAGUGAAGAUAUGUAUUUAAAAAUGUUUUCUUUUGUACCAUUAAUUGAUGUUGUAGUUCAAUUUGUAUCAGUUACAGGAGAAAAUGUUAAGUUAUUGGGAAAACUGUUGGUUAACGUGAGGCUGCGCGGUGACAUUGAAAGCAAAACUGUUUGUUUAGAAUUAUUUGUCAUAAAAAGUAAAAAACCGUGUGUACCACUCUUGGGUCGAGCUUGGUUGGAUAGACUAUAUCCAAGUUGGAGAAAUGUUCUUCAGUUCAAUCAAGUCUCAAAAAGUAGUAAUAAUUUGGAUACAUUAGCUAUUAAAUACCCAAAUAUCAUUCCUAAGUCGUCGAAUCAGGUAGUAAAAAAUUAUAAAGCUGAAAUAGUGUUAAAGGAUAAUGUUAAACCAAUUUUUCAUAAAGCUUAUACAGUACCAUUUAAAUUGAGAGAAAAGGUAAACAUAGAAAUUGAUAGAUUAGUAAAUGAAAGUAUUUUAGAACCGGUUAAAUUCAGUGAAUGGGCUAGUCCUAUAGUAAUCGUACCUAAAAAGAAUGGAAGUAUAAGAAUAUGUGUGGAUUGUAAGGAAGUUGAUUAUUUAGGACAUACGUUGUCGAAUAAAGGUAUUCGUCCACAAAUAAAGAAAUUGGAAGCUAUUAAAGAGGCUAGGGCACCUAAUAAUAGCGAUAAGUGUCAAGAAGUUUUUGAAAAAAGUAAAAUAUUGUUGUUACAAAAUCAAGUAUUAGAAAUUUAUGAUCAAAAAAAGCCUAUAGUAGUAUGUGCAGAUGGUUCACCAUAUGGUGUUGGGGCAAUUUUGUCUCAAGUAGUUAAUGGGGUAGAAAAACCAGUGUUAUUUGCAUCAAGUUCACUAUCUCCAGCAGAACAAAAAUAUUCUCAGUUACACAGAGAAGCGUUGGCAAUAGUGUUUGCAUUGAAAAAAUUUCAUAAAUAUAUAUAUAUUAACAAAUUCACAUUAUGUUCAGAUGCUCAAGCGUUAAGAGAAAUAUUUAGUCCACAGAAAGGUACAGCAGUGGUUGCAGCAUCAAGAUUACAGAGAUGGGCAGUGUUGUUAUCUAUGUAUGAGUAUGAAUUUCAGUAUAGAUCAAGUAAACAAAUGGUCCAUGUCGAUGCGUUAAGUAGAUUACCAUUAAGUACAGGUACUGAUAUAGAAGAUGAUGUUAUUAGUAGAUUAUGUAUAACAAAUGAAUUUAGUUUAAGUACUGCAGAUGUAGUAGAAGCGUUAAAAAAAGAUAAAAUAUUAUUCAAAGUUUAUAACUAUGCAUUACAAGGAUGGCCUAGAAAAGUAGAAAGUGAGAUUGAGUAUUAUUUAAAGUUAAAAGAUAGUUUAAGUACACAGGAUGAUUGCUUAUUUUUUGGUGACAGGAUUGUAGUGCCAGAGGUAUUAAAAAAGAACAUUUUAAAGAUACUACAUAAAGAUCAUGAAGGUAUAGUAAGAAUGAAAAUAGCAGCAAGAAGUGUAUUAUGGUGGAAAUAUAUGAAUACAGAUAUAGAAGAAUUUAAUAAAAGAUGUGAAAUAUGUGAUCAGACUUCUAAUGUAAGUAAAGAAAAAGUUAUAUCAAAAUGGCCUAUGGCAAAGAGUGCAUGUUGA